AUGAUCAAACGAAAACCACAAGACCUCCAGGUCCCAGUACCAAAUUUCCCAUUAUCAUCGCCCAUCAGCGAGGAAAUCUCAAGUCCGUCAUGCUCUUCGGAGGAUCAGGAAGAACGAGACCGACCGUUUGCAUUUUUAUCCAAGGCGGCGCGACAAAAGCUCGAGGCGAAGUCCGCUAAGGAUGGAAAUCGCUCGCCCAUUUCCUCCCACCGAGAAGCCUCGAGACUAAACAUCCGUGUCACCAAGAAACGGAAAAGUGUCGCGAAACCAGUCGGCCUGAACCUCGUUACGGAUUUCACGUUGGCGCCGGCGCCGACGCCGAGGAAACAGUCCGUUCCUGCAGUUACAAAUGCAGCUGCGCCGUUUGUCGAUCUGAAUGACCUCAAGCUCCUCUCAAAAGUGCGAGAGAAGGAACGCUCGGCUCAGAAAUCAAAGGAUAUCUUCAAGAAGAGGGUUUCGCGGGGAUUUUACCGGCUACCUGGGCCAGUGCAGAGUCAGAACCAGAGCCAGAAUGGAACUGGAAUUUCAUUCCUUGCCCCCAGAGAUGAAGAUCCAUUCCAUGACAGACACGAGCAUGGAAUAUCGCCCUCGGACCGUCAUGUCAUGAUCGGACUCGCUGUGCCUCGCAACGAGUCAGUGGAAAGAUUACAAGACCCCGAUAGCGCAGGUACGCCCCUCACGCCAUCAAUUAUCGUCACCCCAGCACCAUGGAAUGCACCCUCGAACGCGAGCACCGAGAUGCUCCGACCAAGAGCAACAUCAAGCGUCUACUCGCAGCCAACGCCCCGCCUCUGGCAAUAUGAACCAGAUGUACCACCUGUGCCAGCCAUUCCCGCACAGCACUCAAAUGCCACCAAAGCUCCCACCUUAGAGACCUCACCCCACAGCAAAUUGGACGUAGAAAGGAACACGCGCGCUCUCUCUACAGCCUCGAUCUGGGAAGAUGACAGUCCACCUCGGACACCAGACAUCGUACGUCCCAGCCCGAGCCCCAAGGACAAUCAACCAGGCCGUCUCAGCGUCAACACCCAGGCAGAGGACAGGCCUCAGUCCCAAGGCUGGUGGACAUACCUGCUCUCCCCACUGAUGGGCCGGUCCAUGAAAUCCCCACUCAGCCCAUCCUUCCCGCAAGACUCACCCUCCACCCCAUCGCCAACCACAACCAGGAACCGGGCCUACGGGCCAAAAGCAUGGAUCCAGCGUGAGAAAGAGAUAUCCUGCUUCUCACCAGAUACACCAGAGACAGCAGCGCCAAUUGACGAAAAGGCAUUUGAGAUAUCCCGAUCCUUUGAAACGGACCAAGACCAACAAAAUCCUGAACGCCAUCAAUCCCCGCCACCCGCAUACGUCUCAAACGUCUCCAGCAGACAAAACACCAUGUCUUUCAUGUUCAGCAACAAUCAAACAAUCCAAGGCGAAGCAGCCGAGUACUACCAAGCCUGUGCACACGAGUUAUUCAGUAAGACGCCGUACUUCGAGUGCAUCAACCACGUCUGCUCGAUUACGCCUGCAAACCCUAUUAUGAUGCCGGCAGGAGCAACAAACGGGAUUAUCGAUGGUAAUCGGAGCUUAGCGCUUGCUGCGCUCGAGGAGCCUGGGCCAUCUGGCCUUGAAGGAGCGCGAGAAGACCAAACAAUAGUUCCGUCGACAACGUCGACUAAGAAUGCGGGUCUACUGAUUGAUAUCGACUCGCCCCAACCUGGAUCAACGGCGGGAGCGAUCCCGGUUGGGUAUGCUGUUCGUGCGAAGGAGGUUCAAGUGUUGUCGCCAUCGUCGGAGUUUAGUUCUCAUACGUGGGAUUCGUCUGUGGCUGAUGAGAGUGAAAAAGGUUCGGUGGCUGCACAUGGUGCCAGAGGUGGUGUGUCUGAAUCUCGAUCUCAGCGUGCUGCUUCACCUCCUGCUCCUAUUCCCGUUGCUGUGCCGCCCGCAGAGAUGGUUGAUAGGGAGGCUUGGGGGCCACCUGCGUCUGCACCGGCACCAGCUCCCAUUGUUAUGCCUGAGCCAGCUCCCGCUCCACAAAUAACCACUAACCCGGUUACUAACUUUCAUUACACUCAGCCCCCACCGCAGCCUCAGGUACAGCCCCCGCAGCCGGUAGUGCAAUACGUGCCUGUUUUUACUCAGGCUGGACAGCCACAGCCAAUGGAACCAAUAAUGCAACAGCCGCAACCGCAGGAAGCCUCGCGUGGAAUCUUGGAACCGCCGACGAUCCAACCAGGCCCUCAAAUAGUAACCCCAAGAACAGAAUGGCCAUGGGGAAAUCGAGGACCGCCGCAGGAGCAAAGCCAAGUUCAACAGCCAGUCACCCAAGGACACGCAUCAGGCUUUGAAUGGGCAUAUCAAGAACAACCGCAAGAGCUUCCUGUUACGCAACCAUCGCCCCAAGUCUCACAGGUGCCAUAUGGACAAGCUUCUCCCCAAACACGGCAACCAAAUGACGGUUACGCAAAUCAGCCUCGAGGGCCGCUUGUUAUCCAGGGACGACAAUCCGGGUCGGGGUGGCCGUUUGGUUUAACCGCACACCCUCACUCAAAUGCACCCCCGGUGCCGCCUGUGUCACAAAGCCACCUCACCGGAUCAGAGGUACCGAACCAGCAAGACCAACCUCAAAUGUCCGUGGUUCAGGAUCGGCAGCACGGGUCUGAGGAGUCGCAAAUAGAACAACGACUAUCUCAAGGGUCUGAACUUGCGCCUCGAAGACACUUCCAAGCCUCUGAGCCUAUUUCUCCUGGUUUCCAGCGCGCCGCUGGUGGACCGGGUUCAAUCCCAAUGUCAGAUGUGCAGGCACCGGCUCCUGCGUACACGCAAUUUUCUCGAGAUCCUGCUCUCCCGCCUCGCUAUGAUAUCCAGCCACGCUACGAUAAUGAUCCUACAGCUGGAGUCUCGAGUGUCAAUCCAAGUGGCGCUAUAGGACCUCAUGAGACUCGACGCCGCAGACUUGAGAAGGAAGAAGCCACUGGCCGAAGAGUUUGCAAUCUAUGGCGUGGCCGGGGUCCUUUCAGCAAGAAAAGCGGACGUCCAGGACGCGAAGGUCGUACUCGACGGAGAUGGUAUUUUGUGAUCUGCAUUUUCUUCUUCAUCAUCGUGAUUUUAGCCACUGUUCUUGCGAUCACACUGACGAGGAAAGGAGACGAAACUCCUGUUCAAUCGCGGUGGCUUAACCUCACGGGCUAUCCGCCCAUGCCAACUGGAAUUGCAACACUCGCUGGGACGGAGCCACAGCUUGAAAAGUCAACUUGUAUCACCCCUUCUUCGAUGUGGAGUUGCGCUUUGCCCAAGGACCAGCAGGAUGCCAACAAGCCGUACAAUGCGAAUCAGCCCAAUUUCCGUGUUUCCAUCCGCUUCCGCAAUGGCACAUACGAUAACAGCACCGCUGUUGGGUCGAACCUACGUAUCAAGAGGGACGAUCUUUUCAACCCAUCACCCGCAGCUCCAAGGGACGCAGAGCAAAGCUUCCUCGGCCAGUACACAGACAACAACACCGCACCGUACGCUGGCGAGGAAACACCCUUCUACAUGUCCCUCCUCUCACCGGUAUCCCUGUCCUCAGCAAGCAUCUACCGCCGCGCAGCCACUUCCAACGGCACCGCAUACCCCAACAUCUCAUCCAUAAUCCCUGCACCAGAAGAAAACGCAGAUGAAACCCCAUCCGCAGCAAUGCUCUACCCCCUUCCCUCAUCCCAGCCAAUCCGCCUCUACAACCGCGGUCUCGCAACCGAGCAUUACGGUUUCUACACCUACUUCGACAAAUCCAUUUUCCUAAACUCACAAACCAAGCCCUCUCCAGCCGAUGCAAACGGCGGAACUUCAAAAUCUGACGCACACUACCGAUGCACAUGGUCCCAAACCCGUCUCCUCGUUCAGAUAUGGACCCAACCCGACAAAAUUGGCCGUCACCUGCUCCCCCAAUCCAACAACACCGCCACAUCUACCACCUCCGCAACACCAACAUCAACAAACAAACCACCUACAUCCUCCUCCUCCGCAACAGACUUCUCCCGCCCGGGCUCAUUCCCAUACCCGGUGACAAUAACAGUAGACCGGCACGGCGGCGCGCAAAAAAAGAAAAUGGUCUACUGCUACCCGAUCCAAGACGACGGACAUUACAAUAUCACUGCUGUGCAGCUGCAGCUCGAAGACCGCGCUGUGGGGGGUGACAUUGUCAAUCCUGCGACAGGCCUUUUCAAGGGUCUUGGUGGGACGAAUAAUUCUACAAUUGAAGAGGCGGGUGGUGUUGACGGUGGUGCUGGAGGAUGUGGAUGUCAAUGGGUGAAUUGGAUCUCGAAUGUGUAG